CUUUUUCAUCUACUUAUCUUCCAUAAACCUGUUGUAAAAAAGUAGAAUUGUCAAGAGAUUGCCAAAAACGAGACUCCGAAAUGGCGUAUAAACAGCAACCGGUCCAGGAUGAAUUAGAAAUGGAGACGAUGGCGGAGGUCGAGCUUUCGAGGCUGAAAAGGCAAUAUAGGAUAAUGGAGAACGAUCGGGCGACAUGCGUGGAAGACGCGAGAUUGCAGCUCCGCAAUCAGCAGAACGCGAUCAAUCGUCUGGAAUAUGAGAAAGCCGAACUUGUACUGGCAAUUAAGACCGCGCGAUCGAAGGCAUUCACGCGUAAAGAUGUGGAAAUGGUCAAGAAGCUAAAGUGUCUGCUGACGAAGCGUGCCAAGUAUAUUGAGCUGAUUGAGAACGAGAAACGGCAGAUAGCCGAGCUUGAUGAGCAGAUCGGCAAGCUUUCGAAGGAUGUCACGAGCAUGAAGAUGAAAGUGCGCACCGACGUGCAAUCGCGGGAGAUAGCAGCGCAACAUACUAAGACGGUAUUCACGCUGGAAAAUCGGGUGGAGAUGGCUACCAAAAGAUUCAAUUUGAUGCUAACGGAAAAUACGAAGCUGCGCGCUGAGAUUGAAACCUUGCUGAACGAACGGACGCAAUUCAUGCAGGUGUGGAAUAAGCUGAUCGGCCAAUUGAACACUGGUAAGCAGGUCAUCAACGAUCUGAUCGAACAGGCGACGGUUACGUUCAAUCAGCGGGACGAGGAGCUCAACAAGAUCCAAGCACUUCGCGAGAGAGGAAUAAGGGACUUGAAGAAUCACACAUUGGAAAUGUGUGAAUUGAAGAGAACUCUGGAUAACGAGAUGAAACUGCAGGAAUUUCUUGGUGUGAAAGGACAGUUCCGCGAGAUGGUCGAUCUGAAUGCGAAGAGGGAAGCCGAGCGACAAGCUAAACGGGAAGAGAAACAGAAUAAAAUAGCGGCCUUCACGCAAAUCUUGCAGACGAUCAAGCAAUUCACUGGAGAGCAAGAAAUCGACAAGCUUACUGCGCACUUCAUCAAGCAAGAAGAAGAGAAUUUCGCACUCUUUAGUUAUGUGAACGAGCUGAACGACGAACUAGAGAGUCUUCAGACGAGGAUGGAACAGUUGACAGUAGCUAUCGAUGAGGCACGUGCUUUAAAUGUUCAUCGCGAUCAAGAGCAAGCUGAGAACUUGGAGAAAAUCACCAAGGAAUUGGAAGAACAAAUAGCACUAGCGGACACUGCUGAAAAUAAUCUUGCUAAGUGCAACAACGUAAUGGACAAGCUGCUGCAAGGAAUCGACAGCCUCUUCAAGGCGAUACGCUGCGACAAUUCACCGAUUUUAGAAUUAUUGGGCGACAAUACUCACGUUACCAUGAGCAACGUCAUGCUCUACUUGGGUAUUAUCGAGAAACGAAUCACCGAGAUGUUCCACAAGGUCUAUUGGGUAGACAAGGAAAGCAAAGUUCCACAAUUGCGGCUGGAUGAGGAGAAGAGACCCAAGCUGGAAGUGCCCGUUCUCAAUCGUAUCGUACCCACCCAACCUUGUGUCCUCUGCGUGGAACAAGAACAUAUGCAGUUCGUCUCAGAGGGUCUAGAGGUACCACUGACACGUGCCGAAGCCAUGCAGAAGCUGCAAGAACGGCUCAUGGAGGAUUACACAGAGCUGCUUCACAACGUGUCUGGCUGUCACUUACCGGCAGCUAGGAAGAUUAUUCAAAGACGUUAUCAAUAA